AUGAACCAGGUGUACAAUUUGGUCCUCAUUUUGACCCUGGCACAUCUAUCGUCAUCUUUGCUGUUGGGAGCCUUCAACAUAAAGUCUUUUGGUGACAAGAAAGCCUCCAACACAACCUUGAUGGAGCUCAUCAGUAAGAUUGUCCACCGCUAUGACAUCAUUUUGAUCCAGGAGGUCCGAGACAAGGACCUCUCAGCCACCAAGAAACUCAUGCAGCAUGUCAACAAAGGUACUCCACAAUUUAGGUACAAGCAUAUCGUCAGUGAACCCUUGGGUCGUAGUUCCUACAAGGAACGAUAUCUUUUCCUAUACAGGGAGGAGACAGUUUCAGUGGCCAAAAGCUAUACUUAUGAUGACGGUUGUGAGCCCUGUGGGACAGAUACUUUCAUGAGAGAGCCCUUUGUUGUCAUGUUCUCCUCCAAUGGCACUGUUGUUAGGAACUUUGUUCUGAUCCCACAACACACUUCGCCAGACUAUGCCUUGCAUGAAGUAGACGAACUGUAUGACGUGGUGAUUGAUGUCCGGGCAAGAUGGAACACUAACGACAUCAUUCUUCUGGGGGACUUCAAUACCGAUUGCAGUUAUGUCACAGGCUCAGAGUGGAUGCAGAUCCGCCUCUUUACAGACAAGAGUUUCCAUUGGUUGAUCCGAAAUGAGGCCGACACCACAGUGUCACACACUGACUGUGCUUAUGACAGGAUUGUGGUGACUGAUGACAUGAUAAAGGGGGUCUCAGACCAGAGUGCUAAGGUUUAUGACUUCAUGGUGGAUCUGAAUCUCAGCUUCAGUUUGGCAAUGGCUGUCAGUGACCAUUUUCCUGUCGAGGUGAAGCUUAUUGUUUGAGCCUGUUACCGCCUGAACCAAAAGCAUCAAGGCAAUGGACAAUGGAAUUCUCUUAUUCCCAAUCUAUGAUUUUCCUGGGACACAAGAAUUAAAAAAAAAAAAACAACAACAAUACUGCUGUUUAUUGAACAGUAGCAGUAACUGUCUUCUUAACUUAAUGCAUAUCUCAGACGUUUUACACAAACACUAGGUGAAGAUCCAAACAGGAUUUACUCGAGCUAUUUGUAAACAUUUUAAAUGACUACCAAUAGGGGUGUAAAAGUACACAAAAAUCUCGGUUCGGUACGUACCUCGGUUUUGAGGUCACUGUUCGGUUCAUUUUUGGUACAGUAAGAAAACAAAAUGCAAAAUAUAAAUGUGCAAGUUGUUUAUUACACACCUUUGUGCUUUCAACAAUAGGAACAUUAGCCUAUACAAAGCUAGAAUUCUGCUCAAAAAUUAGCGGUUAUUUAAAGAUAAUUCAACAACAAUUUGCCUUUCAGACCCCACGUAUUGGUCAGCUUUCUUUUUGAAAGAAAGAAGAAAAAAGAAGUCCUGUGCUAAAGAGAAAAGCAAUCCCAAUGACAAAGAUUUUAACAUGUAUUUUACAAACGAAAUGCCUCAAUGAAUCGUUUUUUUUUUCUUCUUAUGAACGGUUUUCAAAAGCUUUAUUGGUGGAUUUUCUCAAGUUAAAGCGCCACACAGAAAUUAAUAAAUUGUGUAAGCAGGA